AUGAGGGUCCCUGUAUUUGAGAAUGUAAAAGAUGAAACUGAAGAGGAAAAAACAAGGGAAGAAGAAGAGGAGGACAAGGUUUUCUUUAAGCCUGUUAUUGAAGACCUGAGCAUGGAAUUGGCCAGAAAAUGCACCGAACUCAUUAGUGAUAUUCGUUAUAAAGAGGAAUAUAAAAAGUCUAAGGACAAGUGUACAUUUGUGACUGACACUCCUAUGCUAAACCAUGUAAAAAAUAUUGGCGCUUUUAUUUCUGAGGCAAAAUACAAAGGCACCAUUAAAGCGGACCUUUCCAAUUCUCUUUAUAAGCGGAUGCCAGCCACAAUCGACAGUGUCUUUGCAAGAGAGGUUACACAGCUUCAGAGUGAGGUUGUCUACAAGCAGAAACAUGAUGCUGCCAAAGGAUUCUCGGAUUAUGCCCAUAUGAAGGAGCCACCAGAAGUCAAACAUGCCAUGGAGGUCAAUAAACACCAGAGUAAUAUUUCCUAUAGAAAAGACGUUCAGGACACGCACACAUAUAGUGCAGAGCCGGACAGGCCGGAUAUCAAGAUGGCAACCCAGAACUCCAAGAUCAUAAGCAAUGCAGAAUACAAGAAGGGGCAAGGAAUAAUGAAUAAAGAGCCUGCUGUAAUUGGAAGACCAGAUUUUGAACAUGCUGUGGAAGCUUCUAAACUUUCUAGUCAAAUUAAAUACAAAGAAAAAUUUGAUAAUGAAAUGAAGGAUAAGAAACAUCAGUACAAUCCCCUCGAAAGUGCUUCUUUUAGGCAAAAUCAGCUUGCUGCGACACUGGCAAGUAAUGUGAAAUACAAGAGAGACAUUCAAAAUAUGCACGAUCCAGUUUCAGAUCUCCCAAAUUUGUUGUUUUUAGACCACGCUUUGAAAGCCAGCAAAAUGCUCAGCGGACGAGAAUAUAGAAAGCUUUUUGAGGAAAACAAAGGAAUGUACCAUUUUGACGCGGAUGCUGCAGAACACCUGCACCAUAAAGGCAAUGCUGUCCUCCAGAGUCAGGUUAAAUACAAAGAAGAAUAUGAGAAAAAUAAGGGAAAGUCAAUGCUUGAAUUUGUUGAGACACCAUCAUAUCAAGCUUCCAAAGAGGCUCAAAAGAUGCAAAGUGAGAAAGUUUACAGAGAAGAUUUCGAGAAGGAGAUUAAAGGAAGGUCAUCACUGGAUUUAGACAAGACUCCAGAAUUUUUACAUGUAAAGUACAUCACCAACCUUCUGAGGGAGAAAGAAUAUAAAAAGGAUUUGGAAAAUGAAAUAAAGGGGAAAGGAAUGGAACUGAAUUCAGAAGUUCUUGAUAUUCAAAGAGCAAAACGAGCUUCUGAAAUGGCUAGUGAAAAAGAAUACAAGAAAGACCUGGAGUCAAAAAUUAAAGGGAAGGGAAUGCAAGUUGGCAUGGACACCCCUGAAAUACAGUGUGCCAAAAAGGCUGCAGAGCUAGCUCGUGAGAAAGACUAUAAAAGAGAUCUGGAGACUGAAAUUAAAGGAAAAGGAAUGCAGGUGAGCCCAGACACUGUUGAUGUCCAGAGAGCCAAGAAAGCAUCUGAGAUGGCCAGCCAGAAACAGUAUAAGAAAGACUUAGAAAAUGAAAUUAAAGGGUAAGGAAUGCAAGUGAGCGUGGAUAUCCCAGAUAUAUGGCAGAGUCAAAUGUCAAAGGACAUGUCUGGUUCUCAGGCUCCUCAGGUGACACAGCAGUUGAAGAAGUAUAAAGAUGAAGCAGAGAAGAUGCUUUCUAAGUAUUCUACUGUGGCAGAUACCCCUGAAAUUCAGAGAAUUAAGACAACUCAACAAAACAUUAGUGCAGUAUUUUAUAAGAAAGAAGUAGGAGCUGGCACAGCAAUAAAAAAUACUCCAGAGAUUGAACGAGUGAAGAAAAAUCAGCAGAACAUUAGUUCAGUAAAAUACAAAGAAGAAAUUAAACAUGCAAUAGACAUUUCUGAUUCUCCAGAGCUAAAGAGAGUUAAAGAAAACCAGAAGAACAUCAGCAAUCUCCAGUAUAAAGAACAAAACUACAAGGCCACUCCGGUAAGCAUGACCCCAGAGAUAGAAAGGGUGAGGAGGAACCAAGAGCAGCUGAGUGCGGUAAAAUACAAAGGAGAGAUUAAACAGGCAACUGCAAUUUCAGACCCACCAGAGCUGAAGAGAGUGAAAGAAAACCAGAAGAACAUCAGCAAUGUUUAUUAUAAAGGUCAGCUGGGAAGAGCUACUGCUUUGAGCAUGACUCCCGAAAUGGAGAGAGUAAAGAAGAAUCAAGAAAACAUUAGCUCGGUAAAAUACACCCAGGAUCAUAAACAGAUGAAAGGUAGACCAAGUCUGAUUUUAGAUACACCUGGUCUGAGACAUGUUAAAGAAGCACAAAAUCAUAUUUCAAUGGUAAAAUAUCAUGAAGAUUUUGAAAAGACAAAAGGAAGGGGCUUUACUCCUGUCGUGGAUGAUCCUGUGACAGAACGAGUGAGAAGGAACACCCAAGUGGUUAGCGAUGCAGCCUAUAAAGGUGUCCAUCCUCACGUCGUGGAGAUGGACAGGCGACCUGGGAUCAUUGUGGACCUCAAAGUCUGGCGCACAGAUCCUGGCUCCAUCUUCGACGUUGAUCCCCUGGAAGACAAUAUUCAAUCUAGAAGUCUACAUAUGCUCUCUGAAAAGGCGAGUCACUAUAGGAGAUACCGGUCUCGAUCUCAUUCCAGCAGUACUUUUGGCACAGGUCUGGGAGAUGACAAGUCAGAAAUCUCCGAGAUUUACCCUAGCUUUUCCUGCUGCAGUGAGGUAACACGACCAUCUGAUGAAGGAGCACCUGUUCUUCCUGGAGCCUACCAGCAAAGCCAUUCCCAAGGCUAUGGGUACAUGCACCAGACCAGCGUGUCAUCCAUGAGGUCCAUGCAGCACUCACCAAAUCUAAGGACCUACAGAGCCAUGUACGAUUACAGCGCCCAGGAUGAAGAUGAGGUCUCCUUCAGGGACGGCGACUACAUUGUCAACGUGCAGCCCAUCGACGACGGCUGGAUGUAUGGCACUGUGCAGAGAACCGGGAGGACGGGGAUGCUCCCAGCAAAUUACAUUGAGUUUGUUAAUUAAUGAUUUCUCCUUGCCCUUUGAGCUUUAUUCUAUGUAUUCUAAACCUAAUCUUUUUAAAAGGUAGAAGAUACUUUUAAGACCACUUGGCAGUUAUUUUACAAUAAUGUAUCCUUCCUUUGACAAUUAGACACACAGGUACCAGGAGAAGGGAUAGCUUCUAAGCUGAAAACGGCAGCAUUUUCAGCAAUUCCUAUGAACAAAAUCAUUACUUCUGGAGACCUGGUGCUGCUAAUUGUGUUUGUGGAUUCCUUUGAUUGGCUAUUGAACCCUUCUGGGAAAUGUAUUUUUGUAGACUUUAAUAGAGAUGUUGAUUGUCCCUUAAACGUAACGAGUAUGUGAAACUUCUUAGCUGUCACUUUGGAAUCACCAAAAGCCAAUUCUCUUAACUCAGUAACAUAGCCAAUAAUUUAAAAAUUGUUUAGCUUUUGAGUCAUUAGGCAACUUCCAAUUCAUGUGAAAAUUGCCUAAUAUAAUGUAAACAAUGGCAGAAUGACAGUCUGGUUAGAAUUAUAUUGACUGGUGGCUUUAGGGACUUAGAAACGUCUACUGAACAGAGAAAUUUCCUUGUUCCCUGGGCCAACAGGGGUCUAUUUAUUUCUCAUUUGUACCAAGUCAUAUCCUACUCUCUGUUUACAUUCUAUGGACCCAAGUAUCUGCUCAGGUCCACAGAAUGUCAGGACCAAAUAAGUAACUUCACAGCUACUCUGCAAAGGACAAAUGUUAACAUCAUCUAUAUUAUUUCCCUAGUAGUUUUUACCCUGUUGCAUGUCAUGUAGGUUCAAGCUUCUGUAACAUAGGCAGCUGCACUGCCCAUUCCUGUUAUUAAAGCAAAAAGUGUGGCUGAUAUCUAAAAGCCCCCUUUUUCUCUAGCUGCCAGCUCAUCAGAAAAACAUAUUUUGAAAAGUUGCUUGAGAUUUCCCUGCAUCAUUGCACUAUAGUUUUGAAGGAUUUACACCUUAGGAAAUACAAUGUAUACUAUAGUCAGUAAGUGAUUUAGGUGUUUACUGAACAGCUUUCAUUAGCCUAAUGACACCAUUGAUUUAAAAGUGAAGAAAAUUUAACAGAAGCCAGUGAAAAAGUGGACUAUGGAGUCUGCUGGGGGGGAGGGGGGUGCAGGGAACCCAGCAAGCAAAGAUAUCAAUUCCACAUAGAGAUGAUCUGGUUUUUUAUUUUGGAAAAUGGUAUUCAGAUUCUAGAAUGGAGAUCUAACCAUGAAACUGGCUAACCAAAAGACAUCCUUUCCACUUUCUGGUUUUUAUUUUCUAAAUCACCUUCAGGGAUGAGAUGAGAACAUUGUCAGAGAUUUUCAGUGUAGGCCCAACAGCCUUUUCACUAAGAAAGAAACUGUUGUCAGGUUUUGAUUCUCACAUGAGUCACUUUACAGGUUUUAGCUAAAUUCGCAGCUAUGAGUGCAGCCCUUGCUGGUGGGUCUUGAAAUUUCACCUGCAGUCUGCAGUCAAGGUCACCAAGAUUGACAUCCAUCGGCAACUCUGUGUUUUUCUGAUUGUGCCCUUUAUUGGGACCUGCAAUAGGGUCGCAUUCAUGUAGGGUCUGACUCUAUAGUUGUGAUGAUACUGAAAAAGCAAAGUUACAAAAAUGUAAUAAAAUGAAUGGGUUUUGGAGAUAUGUACCUUGUAUGCUAUAUUCAAGGCAAUUAACAGAACAUCCUGUAAAGCAUCUUUUAUUGAAAUGUUUACUAGUCCCAAGGACAAAGCUGAUUUAUUUACACCUUUGAAAAGUUAGCACAUACUUUUGAAAAUCUGUAGUUUCACUUUAUUAGACUAAAAAAGCAAAUAUACUUUAUUACACUAAAACUGUAUCUAUAUGACACGAAUGUAAAAUUGAAAAGAUAAAAAUUCAGGCAAAUAACUAGAGAUUUUUUUUGGAGGGGGUUUUAUAGAUUACCAAAUAACUAGCUUGACUGAUUUUCUCCCAAGGAAAUGGCCAGUUGUGAUUAAGUUGAUUAAACCCCAUGUCUGUUUCGAUGUCUUGUAUACAAACCUACAAAGACAGACUGAACUUGGAAUAUUUUUGCAAAAUCCUGUGCAUUCAAACCAAGGGCAAUAAGCCUGCUCAAUUUUAAUAUAUCAAGUAUGUAUUUACAUUUCACCGAAGUAGGCCAUUUGUUGUGAUUAUAAAAAAAGAGUAGUUGAUUAAAUUUUCAGACUAAAUGUAGGACAGGUACAGUUUUUGAUAAAUAGCACAUUUAUAGGAAGUACCGUGGAAACUGACUUGAAAUAAUGUUUGUAAUCAGGAAAGUUACCAUAAAGGAGCAGCUUGAUGUUUCAUGUUUUUCUCAUCCACUGAUUUCAAAAUCAGAUUCAUGAAUGUAAAAGUCAAUACAUACUUGGGGAAUGAGUCUCCUAAAAUGUUAAGCUUCACAUAACGGUUGCAUUGCAAGAUGUUUCUGCUUCAAGCCUUUAGGAAUUAAGAUCGGACCAGAAUUUAACUAGAGGGCUAUUAUUUUUACAAUAAAGACUAAGGCAGAACAAGACAUUGCAUGCUCUCAAGGUUAUAAUUUGAUAGUGAUGGCAUUAUUACUAAAGUUUGUCAGGAUAAUAAGCAUCUCAGCAGAAAUACAGAAAACAUAUGUGUAUAAUACCAAAGUGCUGUUUUUACAGCAUCCAUUUUAAAAACCACAUUCUCGAACCACUUUUCCGUUUUUCACAGGCCUCCUCCCCGCCCGCCUUCAGUUUGGCAACAGUUAUCUCAUAUGUAAUGCUGACAGCUAAAGAAAGUUUAAAAACAAGUCUUGAGAGUCAAGUUCAAGUAGACUGUAAAUGCCCAAGCCCAGAGAGCAUGCACCUGCUUUUCUAAAUCUGUGUUCUCAAGCUUGAAAAAAGCACAAGGCACAGUUUGAUACACUUUUAAAAGGUUCUGAAAACAAAAUUGUGUGUGGGUCAUCUCUCUCUUGAGAAAAGCGUAGCAACAGAAUAUUACUGCUUUUGUUGUUAAGUUUUGUGGUAAAUGUUUUUACUAAUUCUUGUUCUCUAGAAAGCUUUCUAUGUCAAAAUGAAUCCUUCAUGUCUCUUGUCAUUGUUUACACAUCCACAGGGUAGCCCUGUUAGAAAUAUUUAUCUGGUGAUCAGAUCUCCAUGGAGGCCCUGUGUCUGCCAGGCCUCCGCAAACUCCAUAGACCACACUGGAAUCUGUAAGCACAAUUUCCACAAGCACCUUGGAUGAAUAUGGGUGAGAUUGGACCAGCCCUUCUGUGGCCACUAGGUACAUUGCUUGAAAUCGAUCAGGAUGAGGUUUUGCCAGUUUCACCACAGUCUUGCUUGCUUUAUCCUCUCUGUGAUGAGCUUUACAGCACUUUGGGAAUUAGGAAGGAGACUUUUCUGAAAGAGAUAGUGGAAGGUCAAGCGGUGCCCCUCGUUUUCAGGUUCAUCCAUCUCUAGUAGAAUGUUUUUAAUGAAAAGAUAAAGAAAAUGUGUGUGAUCUUUAAUAACACAUCCCUAUGUAAAGUGGAUAUAGUUUAUACCAAAAUUAUAAUACAGAUAUAUACAAAAAUAGGUGCCUUUUUGAUUACCCUUAUUUAUCCAUUAUGUUUUUGGAAAGAAAACCAAGCAAGCAAGCUUCUGCCUAUUCUGUAGUAAUAUUUUAUUAUACAUAAUUGGUAUUUUUGUGGUGAGGAAAUGGGAUGCUCCUGACAGAUAUUAAAGGUGGUAGCUGAUUAUAUUUUACCUCUAAAGGUCUAGAAUUUUAGAAAAUAUUGACUUCCAUCUACUUCUGAUAGGUUCCUUGUGGAUUUAUAUAUAGUUGAGAUGUAUAAACAUCAACUUUAGGUGUGGGAUCUAAAAUACCUAUUGUAAGAUAGAAUAAUUACGUUAUGAGGCUGAACUCACUGCUCAAGAUGAACUUCACUUCCCAAGUUAAUUAUACCUUAGCCAUUUGCUUCUGAUAAUCCAAAAAUGGCUAGAUUGUGGUUGCUUUGGGUAAUGUGACAGGGAGGAGAGAAAGCUUUAGUUAAGUAAGAAGCUACAUAAACUAACUUAAGGAAGCUAAAAUGCAAGUCUCUUCCUGAAGUGGUCCAUGCCUUUAGGACCCUUUCCAGGCAACUGUCAGCUACUGAUGGUUGAAAAAGUCAAGACAUUGUAUGAUGCUUCUGUGGUCAUUAUUCCAUGAUGCUUAGACUACUGGAAUCCUGAAGCCUGGAAGGAUCCCAGGCAAUUCCCCCCCCCCCCAGUCUUCCAUAUUACUUCAGUAUAUUCAUGUCAAUUCCAUAUACUUUUUGUUUUUGCUAUAUGGUAUCCAGUUUGCAUAGUAUAUACUUCUUCGUAAUCUAGUUGCUAAGAAUGAUUUACUUCAAAGGAAAAGAGAAAAACACAUCAUAGUCCCAUUCUUCAGUGUCCAUACAAUGAAUUGCUGAGCAUUUAGGAAGCAGCACCAAGUGUGUUACAGGCAUGAUGUGGAACUAUUGGUCUUUGACCUGUGAUAAAAAUGCAAAUUGAACCAUUGUGCAGUUUGGCUUCUGUUUGCUUCAAAAAAUGUAGAAUUGUGGUAGAUGAUUAAUUUGCAAGUCUGUACUAACUUUGAGAGUGUAACAGUUUCAAAGGAAACAAUGUUUUUCGAAUAAAGGGGCUUACAGAUUGAUACGAUGUUAUUAAUAUAAUUUGGCUUUUGUUAUGCAAGUUGUUAACACCAGCUAUUAAAAUAUAUUUUAGUAGAAAUGCUUUAAUUUAUGUUUUUUUUUUUUCCUCUACACUGUGAAUCUUUAAGCCUUGGUAGACUAGAGCAACAUCUUGCUGUCCAAAGGACUAACCUAUGCAAACUAGUUCACAUUUUAGUGGAUGUCACAGUAAAUGUGUAAUGACAUUGUUCCCCCUGCAUAAUGUACAACAGCAUUGAAAUAACACAUUAAGCCUAGUAUCACGUAUGUAUAGUCACUCACAAACCCUUCAAAGCUACCAUAAUCAUUAGUAUUAGUAUUCGUUUAAAAGCAAAUUGCUGAUUUAUCUAUUGAAACUACUGGAACGAUGUCAGAACAAGAAUGAGUGGUGUGUCAGACGUGGCUUUAAUGUGGUCCUUGCAGUGGUCUCUUAUGAUAGAACCGUGUUCUCAGAUGCACUCUCUUCAGGGUCUUAAUAUUCUGUGUCUUUUUUUCUGUAUUUGUAAAACAUGAUAAUGCAUUAAUUUCCUAUCUCUACACAUUUGGUUUGCUUAAAUAAAUGCAGGAUAUAACAAAAUGGUUCUA